UCUGUUGCAUAUCAAUCUUACAUAUAUAAAUUGUGAAUGACAAGAUUUAUUCGUAAAGGUGACUUUUAUCUCGUUGCACUCUGUGACUGGAAACCGCUGGGUGACGAGCAUAAUAAAAUAAAAGCGAUUUAAGUUCACACGAUUUUGAGUCCUUGGGGAUAAAAGAUGUCCAAUCCACCCAGCAAAGAUUUACGAGAUGGGGGCUGCUGCACGUCGAGCAAGUCAAAUUUGGCCAUCGUUAUGGAACAAGCUUUGAUCACACCUUGUCCGGACGUUGUCGCCACCGUGGUGCACUUGACCUACCCACCAGGCGACGUUGGCUCGGAUCCCCACACGCACCCCGGUCCAGUUGUAGGAUACGUGCUCGAAGGAGAAUUCCUCUUUCAAGUGAAUGAGGGACCCCCCCGAGUACUUAAAGCAGGGGAAGCUUUCCACGAAAAGGAUGGCGACGUUCAUGUCUGGUCGGCAAAUGGAUCGAAUUCCACGACGUGUAAGGUUGUCGCAACCGUGUGGGGACGCCCAGGAGAACCACUGCUCACGUAUGUUGAGGGUUAUCCUCGUGUGAGCAGGGAGAAGGCGUUGGAAGUUGCAGUUAGAGGAAAAUGAAGUUAACGUCCGGCUGUGUGAAUUUUGCUUUAUGUUUUUAAAGUUCAAUUACACACAUACCUAUGUAUGCAUCGUUUGGAUUAAAUGCAAUUUAUUGAAUUUAUGAGUUAAUAAUAAAAAUUCUAGCUGCACUCA